AUGACGGUGAUUUCGCUUAUCUCAUCUGCCAAAUGCUUUGGUGGAUUGCAAAAGAUAUACUCGCACCAAUCAAAAGAACUGGCGUGCGAAAUGAAAUUUGCCGUGUUUCUUCCCCCAUCUGUCGAUCACCGGCGGCUGCCGGUGCUUUACUGGCUUUCGGGGCUAACCUGCAACGAGACGAACUUCAUCCAAAAAGCCGGUGCGCAACGUUACGCGACCGAGCACAAUCUAAUCAUCGUCUGUCCGGACACUUCACCGCGCAAUGUUAACAUUCCGGGUGAGGAUGAUUCGUGGGAUUUCGGGUCCGGUGCCGGGUUCUACAUCGAUGCAACGAAGGAUCCAUGGAGCAACCACUAUCGCAUGUUCAGCUACGUCACGCAGGAACUGAUCGAUGUGGUUAACAACAACUUCCCAACGGUGGUGAACAAAAUGAGCAUCGCUGGUCACAGCAUGGGUGGACACGGUGCGUUGAUUUGUGCGCUCAAAAAUCCGGGCCUGUACAAAUCGGUGUCGGCAUUUGCAGCUAUCAGCAAUCCUACCAAAUGUCCGUGGGGUCAGAAAAUUUUCAGCGGUUACCUUGGGGAGGAAAAAGAGGCGGAGUGGAAAAACUGGGACGCUACCGAGCUUGUGGCUAGCUACAAUGGUCCACCGUUGGAGCUGUACCUAGAUCAGGGUUCGGAGGAUAGCUUCCUGAAGGAUGGGCAGCUUAACCCCAAUAAUCUGGUCGAUGCGUGCCGUGCAGCACAGGUACCGUGUGUACUCAACAUGCGCGAAGGGUACGAUCACAGCUACUUCUACGUUGCGUCCUUCAUCGGUGACCAUAUCGCUUACCAUGCGCGACACCUGCAAUAG